CGCACUGCAUUCCGGCCGCGUGCCGGCUGCGACGGCUGUGUAGGGCGGCCCUCCCCGACGCCCCCUGCAUUCCGGCCGUGUGCCGGCUGCGACGGCCGUGCGGGGCGGCCCUCCCCAACGCCCCCUGCAGUCCGGCCGCGUGGCACCUGCGACGGCCAUGCGGGGCGGCCCUCCCCGAGGCCCCCCUACUCGACGCCCCCUGCAGUCCGGCCGCGUGCCGCCUGCGACGGCCGUGCGGGGCGGCCCUCCCCAACGCCCCCUCCCUGAGGCCGACCUGCAGUCCGGCCUUUUACCGCCUCCGACGCCGGCCCUCGCUGACGGCCGUGCGCCCCCCUCUCAGUGAGCAGAUGCCACAACACCCGCGGUACCCCCUUCUGCAAAUGGUUUACGAUGAGCGGCACCGUGGCAGGAUACAUGAGGAGCGUACAGAGGUUUUGAAGCCUCUACGUCCCCGCCUUCACAAGCCUCUCACGUGGGAUGAUAGGUACGCACCGUACUUCAAACGGGCUGGAUUCCUCCUGUUGGCAUGGUUGGUCAACGCGGGGCUCCCCAGGAUGGAUAAUGCAGCUUUGACAGCACUUGUGGACCGGUUGAGGCCUGAGACACACACAUUCCACCUUCCUGCUGGUGAGAUGACAGUUACACUGCAAGAUGUGGCCAUGCUCUUUGGGCUUCGUAUAGAUGGCAGAGCCGUGACCGGGACCAUAUGUCCAAAUGGAUGGAGAGAUAGAGUGGAGUUGUUGCUUGGAGUGCACCCACCUGAACCACCAGAAGAUGCCAAGGACAAGAAGCCUACAUGAGUUGUUGCUUGGAACCCUUCCAUACGCUUUCUUCCAAUCGCCCCAUAACAUUGCUAUAGCAUGUGUUAGUAUUUCUUAACUCUCACAGAGGAAUCCGCAAGCGCAUGGAAAUACCGUUGUAGCACUUCACCCGGGAGU